AUGCCGCGACACCACCACACCAUAGACUGGGUCGAAGUCGGAGAUGAGUUCGUUGACUACUACGAUGAAAACCAGUCUCCAGCCUACUGCGAAGACGAGGAGUACUUCUAUGACGGUUACGGGAUGCGACACACCUCUGCAGAACUACGCUCUCGCCGGAUAAGUGCACGCGAUGCCGCACACGGACGUUUUCACAACGAGGGCCAAGGCUUGGUAAAUGCUGAUCAAGAUUGUGUUUACAACGACAACCAAGCACAAGACGAGCCUGAAGCGCCUGAAGCGCCUGACGUGCUCCCAGAGCCUCUCGCCGCGAUGCUAGCCGGCCUACGCCAGCUCCCUACAGAUGGCUAUCGGCCAAACCCACCCGACGCCCGUUACACCUAUAGGGAUGACGAAUAUUCCAGCGAAUUGAAUGAAAUGUUCUCUCGUUUGGACAUUCUUCGCACGCUCGGCCCGGAUCCGGUGCGUUAUGGCUACGACAGUGCGUCGAGUGAGCCAGAGGAGAAGGAGGCAGUUGCAGAGAGCCCAGAGUCAAUCGAAACGGUUCCGGUGGAAGAUAGAGCACAGCUGGCAAAGACCAACAGAGACGGUAUCGCUGGUUGUGAGAAAGCUAAGAGCGACAGCUGCACCAAGAAAAACGACGCGGUCAAAGACGCACACCAAUCCUUCAACGCCGAAAUCGAGUCAAUGAACGAAUGGUACGAAAACAUCAAGGCAGAAGAAGUCAUCCUGGGCAAAAGAAUAGCCUUACACGUUCGCCUGCCUACGAACCAGGUCGUCACUCCAGCUCAUAACGCGCUUGUCGAGGAAGAUGUAAAGGAAAUGAUGCUCAUCGCCGACUCGUUCAAGGCUGUCAAGACAAAGAAAGCAGAUAUCCGAGCAACUCUAAAAGCCCGAAUUGAGAAGGCCGAGGAGGUGUAUGACGGAGAGUGCGCCGCAUGGGACCGGCAGAUGGUAUGCCUUCGCAACAUGGCUGCGCUCUCUGGUAUCGAGCUAGAUGGGGAGGAGGCAGAAGACUACUUCCCGGAUGAGUGGGUUGCUCCAGUGAUCCGCUUCCAGUCAUCAACUCCGGCCCAAUCCACUUCACACGCUCGAGAACCUGCGUCCAGCCAUGCAAGACCUAAGCCAAGUAGUACCGCCAACGCAGACAAGCGCCACAAGGUUGAAGCAGCGAGCGACAAAGUCAAGAAGGACUGUUCCAACUGCAGCCACCUGCAAGAAGAACUACGUAUCGCACUCGCAACAAUAACCCGCCUCCAAUCCAAAUCUCCCAUGCCUGAUCUCCGCAAAUUCGUCAAGCACGGCGAGCAAAUCCUCUCCGAGCUCUCAGCGCAACGCGACGCAGCCGACGAAGUCUUCGCCAAAGAACAACAGACCGAACUGCGCUCCGCAGAGGCAGCAUCUGAAGACCUCGACAAGGAGUACAAAAGGAUCAAGGCCAUCUAUAUCGGCAUCGGCGAUCUCUGGGAGCACGAGAAUGAAGAGCUGUGGAAUAAGACGUACGACUUGUGUCGAGCGGAGCUGGUGCGUAUCAAGGAAGAGCAGAAGGUGCUUGAGAACCACAGGGCCAGGGAUGAGGAGAAAGUCGCUAAGAGGCAGUGGGAUGGGGAUAAGAUGUUGAUGAAGCAGAUCAAGUACUAUGAGGCCAUUCUGAAGUUGGCGAAGAGCGAGGUUGUUAGUCGCUGGGGAGAUGUUGGUGGGCUUGAGGAGGAGGACUCUGAUGCUGAACCUGAGUCUGACUAA